AAAUCCUUGGCUCAACAAAUUUACCAAAACAAAGAAAAACAAAGGGGAAGAGAACGAAAAAGAAUCGAAGAGUGAGCCUCUCCUCACUAAAAGCCAGUUAAGUGUUUUCUCUCUCUUCCCAAAUCUGCUCUUCUUCUCCCCUUACCUUCAACAAUCUUUGGGAGAGAAAGAGAAAAAGAGAGAGAUUCAACAAUUUAUGGGAAUAAAAUGUCAGAUUUAGACCGCCAAAUUGAGCAAUUAAAGAGGUGUGAACCCUUGAAGGAAUCUGAAGUUAAAGCACUAUGUCUUAAAGCUAUGGAAAUUUUAGUUGAAGAAAGUAAUGUUCAAAGGGUAGAUGCACCUGUUACUAUAUGUGGUGACAUUCAUGGGCAGUUUUAUGACAUGAAAGAGCUAUUCAAAGUGGGUGGUGAUUGUCCAAAGACAAACUACCUUUUUCUUGGAGAUUUUGUGGACAGAGGAUUUUACUCUGUUGAGACUUUCUUACUUCUCCUUGCUCUUAAGGUGAGAUAUCCAGAUCGGAUAACACUAAUUAGAGGGAACCAUGAAAGUCGUCAAAUUACUCAGGUUUAUGGCUUCUAUGAUGAGUGCCUCCGGAAAUAUGGCUCUGUAAAUGUUUGGAGAUAUUGCACAGAUAUAUUUGAUUACUUAAGUUUGUCAGCCCUAAUUGAGAAUAAGAUCUUUAGUGUUCAUGGUGGCCUCUCUCCCUCAAUUACAACAUUAGACCAGAUACGAACGAUCGACCGAAAGCAAGAAGUACCACAUGAUGGUGCAAUGUGUGACCUCCUGUGGUCUGAUCCCGAGGAUGCAGUUGAUGGCUGGGGAAUGAGUCCUCGUGGUGCUGGUUACCUUUUUGGUGGGACUGUGGUUACCUCAUUCAAUCACACAAAUAACAUUGAUUAUAUAUGCCGUGCACAUCAGUUAGUAAUGGAAGGUUACAAAUGGAUGUUUAAUUAUCAGAUCGUUACAGUAUGGUCGGCUCCAAAUUAUUGUUACAGAUGCGGUAAUGUUGCUGCAAUACUUGAGCUUGAUGAGAAUCUUAAUAAAGAGUUUCGUGUUUUUCAAGCUGCUCCACAGGAAGCAAGAGGAACUCCUGCAAAAAAGCCUGCACCGGAUUACUUUCUCUGAAGACGCGACAAACCAUGGUAUAUUCCGAUCAAUAAGCAAUCGCUUUGUUUUGGUUGGAUGAUGGACUUGGUAUAUAUGAGCUCUCAUCCCUUCGUGAAAUCAGGCUGUAUGUGAGGCCUCUUUUACAACUUUACUCUUCAUCCUGUUGGUUUUCGCUUGUAGUCGUGUACUGAUGAAUUAUCUGUGGUGGGAGAAUCGAAUGUAAAACCACCCAUUUUCCUGGAAAUCCAGAAAGGGGUUAAAGGAGGGAUGAUCAUGGUGUGUUCAUUGUUUAUAGUUUGAAAUAGGCUUCACUCAUACAUUUUGGUGGAAAUUUACAUUGUUUCAGAUUUGAGAUUUAAGUGUGAUGGGCUUUUUGUGGGAGGCGAA